AUGGACGGCCGCGGCACGAUGAAGCUCAAAAGAGGUAAUAAGAUAAACGAAGUCUUACCAGAUCCCAGUAAACUGCCCGAUGGGAAGUUCAAUUAUUACAUUCGAGGUUGGUCUUCCUACACCUCCAUCAAGAAUCUUACUAAGAUCAGCCACGAGCUCGUAGCGUCCUGUACUGCGGAGAACCGUGAGGUGGGGCCGAUACCCAAAACGAACGUCCUGAUCCUCCCCGCCGACAGAAACACCCACGACGGGGAGGAAGAUUCGGAGGGAUCGUUGACGGUUGAGGUGGAGCUCGCCGACCAGCUCCAGGUAGAGGGGAUCACCAAAAAGCUCAUGAAGGAAAAGGCGGCUUUGAUACGAACCUGGAAGCCGGUCGAUCCCGCGCAGGCGCUCCCGCCGCCGCCAUCGCAACCGCCCGCGGAGGAGGGGAAAAGCGGCAACGACGCCGAUUCGGAAAAAGAUCCGGAGCCCUCCGCGGGCACCGCCCAGGCAUUCAAGGACGAAGACGCCACCAAUGCGAUCGACGUUCCUCCUUCUUCUUCUCUUAUCUCUGUGCCUCUUCCCUCUCCUCCCGCAGUCGAUCCGGAGUACCUUUUGGAGGAGCUACAGAAACUCGAACUGGAUUAUGGGUCGCAGUUCGGGAACCUCGACAACUGUAUUGUGGGGGAUCUGCACAUUAUGGGAGUGGAACCGAACAUCGUGGUGCACCCCGACAUCGUGCCCGAAGUCGCUGAGGAGGAAAAGAAGACGGCCAGCAAACGGAGGAUCUCCCAAACGAAACAGAAGGGGAAAGGAGGAAAAAAGGCGAAGCUAACCCCCGAGCAGCUUGCUGAGUUGGAGCGGCAAAAGGAAGAGGAGAAGGCUCUUCGAGAACGGCAGGUGCAGGAGUCAAUAGAGCGCGCUCGAAGAAAGGAGGAGUUUUUGAAAACCUUUUCCCAUCCCGAUCGUUGGGCGCAGAUCACCAUUUCCGGUCUAACCUUCAUGGGCAGCAUCCGAGUUAGUCGUGCUCACGUUACCUUUCUGAAUUGCCGCUUUAUGAGUCCUCUCGACAAGGGUGAUAAUGACGAGCCUCAGCUUAGCGUUUUUCCUUACAGCGUGGUGCGUCUGACAAAGUGUACCUUUGAAACGCCCACGAGUUGCGGCCUAUACGCCUUUCCCUGCUCGCAGGUUUUAGUUAAAAAAUGCCUGUUCUCCGGUCUGCCGCAUCAAGAGCUCGCGUUAAACGAGUACAAGGACCGGAUCGGCGAUACAAGAGAUCCUCCAAAUAUAGAUAACGCGGAAGUUUCCUCCUCAAAGAGCAAUGAUGAGUUCAUUAACAAAUUUUCCAGUAAAGCCAACGGUGACCCCGAGUCAAGUGAGCAGCCUUUGAGUGAGGAGCUCACGGAUCGCUACAACGCUUUGCGUGAGCGCAAUGAGAGUUUAGUCGGCGUGCAGGUGGAUAGUGCUCGAGUUUCCAUAAAGAGCUGCCGCUUUAUUUGUCUAGGAACCGGCGUUUUAUUUUGCGGCCGAUGCGUACUCUCCGAGCUUCCACCGCUUUCCUUCGUCGUGAACGAGUUCAAGUCGCCUACGGCCAUGACCAUGACGAAUUCUCAGCUGCACCACAUGUAUGGUACCGCGGUUGUAAUUGAGGCUUUUGAUGUUCUACUCAAAGAUAACGAGAUUCAUGACUGUGAGUACUACGGGCUAGACUGCUACGCUAAGUGUGUCAAUGUGAGUGUGCUGCGAAAUCGUUUUGGGAUUCGCGGCACCGUGCGAAUUCGAAAAGGUAUCCGUAUUAAGCUUCUGAAUAAUACGCUACACGAAACGUUGAUGGAUGACAACGUCUAUGAUAAUCCAUGCCUUGAACCAGUUUACUAA